UCCCAGUAGGCGGCCUGUGACUCGUCGGUUGAGAAGUGAAAUCGACUGAGCAUUGGAAGCCAUAGGGAGCUCCCCUCGUUUCCACUUGGAUUUACUCGCUAAGCGGGCAAAAUUACCAGAAUUCAAAUUCCCAGUUGCUGCCGCCAUGAACGAUCGCUGUGUGAACUGCCAGGAGGCCCAGACGGAGUCCUUCAAGGACCAUCGCACCCUGGAUGGCUCCUUUUUCGACGGCCUGUGGCCGCUGAUCCUGGAUAAUAACCGUUGUCGCAUUAUUGCCAGUAAACAGGAGGAGCAUUUCGUGCCGCAGGAGCCGUUCCCACACUUAAAGUGGCACACAUUCCUGGCCAAUGUUGGCUAUCCCGGUUACGAUCCCACGCAUGAGGUGCGCUGCUGUGCAAAGGAACAGGAGGAGGAGUGCCCGGCUGUUCAGGAGGUGGAUGGUCAGAGCGAUUACCAAGGCCGUGGUUCCAAGGCCAUACUGCCCAUCGACCGGCAGGUGGAUCAAUUGCGGAUGCAGCAGGAGCGCCGCCAGAGAUUGGCUUACCAGUUUGCCAACAGGCGCUUCCCCUGGACCAUGCAGACGCCCAGCCACGAGCUGGGCUUCGUUUUAACCGAGGAGCUGAAGGAGAAAUUCAAGGGCAAUGCCAUGGAGCUACAGAUGCUGCAGGCCAUACACGACCACGACUGCCACCUGAUGAUAAUCGACCUAGGCACUGAGGUGGACAUCCAGGACUGUAGCCGCUGGAUCAAGUUCCGGCCCUACGUCCAGCUCCUGGCCCUGUGCCACAAGGCGAGCAUGGAGCGCUCGGUGCAGCUGCUCGAUGUCUUCCACACGCUCUGCGUGGAGGAGUCGGUGGAGAACUCCUGGCACGACGAGCUGCAGUCUUCCCUCCGCACAGGUCACAGUCACGCCGUCAAGACGCAGUUGCUCAGAGGGUGUGGCGAGUCGAUAGUCUUUGUCUUCUCCCGCUACCGCGGCAUCUGCACCUGCGACAACUUCAAGGUGAUCCGGCGGACCUAGCACUGGCUUCGAUAGCAUAUUUAAUUUCAUUUCGUUUGUAUUUCGAGCAGAGGAGUUAGUUUAAAUUAGAAAAGUGAAAAAAAUUAAAUAAAUUGAUGCUGUAAAUCAA